GCUGUCGCCGCCGCCGCGGGUUGCUGGCGAGCCCCACCGGAUCGCGUCACCGUUCUGCGCGCUCCCUGCUCCUCCCUGGCUGCUUUAGCGCAAGAAAGCGAAACCCAGGCGGCCCCCAGCACCCGUCGCGCCGGCUCGGUGCUUCGCGGGCCGCGGUCACCCAGCGCGGACACCAGAGCUGUGCACACCUCGCGGACGGCGACCGAACCGGCACCCGGAGGACUCGGGAGCCGCAGGGUCCCCGGGGCUUUGGGCGACUGCUGCGCGGCCUUGGCCGAGGCUUUUUCCAGCUUGCUGUUGGGUCGCGGGCCUGGCCUGUGAGCCGCGCGCAGAAUGGGUAGAUGCUGCUUCUACACGGCGGGGACACUGUCUCUGCUGCUGCUGGUAACCAGUGUCACGCUGCUAGUGGCUCGAGUCUUUCAGAAGGCAGUGGAUCAGACGAUCGAGAAGACUGUGGUGUUACGAAAUGGUACCGAGGUCUUUGACUUCUGGGAGAAGCCCCCUCUACCUGUGCACAUUCAGUUCUAUUUCUUCAAUGUCACCAACCCAGAGGAGAUCCUCCAAGGAGAAGUCCCCCGGCUAGAAGAAGUGGGGCCAUAUACCUACAGGGAGCUCAGGAACAAGGGGAACAUUCAGUUUGGGGAAAAUGGAACAACCAUAUCUGCUGUCAGCAAUAAGGCAUAUAUUUUUGAACGAAACCAGUCUGUUGGAGACCCUAAUGUUGACUUGAUUAGGACAGUCAAUAUUCCUCUGUUGGCCGUCGUGGAACUCACCCAGCUGCCCUUCCUCAGGGAGAUGAUUAAGGCCAUGCUGAAAGCCUAUCAGCAGAAACUGUUUGUGACUCACACCGUACACGAACUGCUCUGGGGCUACAAAGAUGAGAUCUUGUCCCUCAUCCACAUUAUCAAACCCGACCUCUCUCCUAUCUUUGGCCUGUUCUACGGGAAAAACGGAACUAAUGACGGAGAUUACGUUUUUCUAACCGGCGAGGACAAUUACCUUAACUUUUCAAAAAUUGUAGAGUGGAGAGGAAAAACGUCACUGGACUGGUGGACCACAGACACCUGCAACAUGAUUAACGGGACAGAUGGAGAUUCUUUUCACCCAUUGCUAAGCAAGGAUGAAGUCCUCUAUAUCUUCCCAUCUGACUUCUGCAGGUCAUUAUACAUAACGUUCAGCGGCUUUGAGACCGUAGAAGGACUGCCCGCUUUUCGGUAUAAGGUGCCUGCAGAAAUAUUAGCCAAUACCUCCGAAAAUGCGGGCUUCUGUAUACCUGAAGGAAACUGCCUGGGCUCAGGAGUAUUGAAUGUUAGCAUCUGCCAGAACGGUGCACCCAUUUUCUUGUCCUUUCCGCACUUCUACCAAGCGGAUGAGAAGUUCGUUUCUGCCAUAAAAGGCAUGCAUCCAAACAAGGAAGAGCACGAGACAUUUGUGGACAUUAACCCCUUGACUGGAGUUAUUUUAAGAGGGGCCAAGAGAUUCCAAAUCAACACUUACGUUAAGAAAGUGGAUGACUUUGUUGAGACGGGAGACAUCAGGACUAUGGUUUUCCCAGUGAUGUAUCUCAAUGAGAGUGCUGUCAUUGACAAAGAGACUGCAAGUCAAUUGAAGUCUGUGGUUAACACAACUUUGAUUGUCACCAACGUACCCUAUAUUGUCAUGGCACUGGGUGUACUCUUUGGCUUGAUUUUCACAUGGCUUGCAUGCCGAGGACAGGGGUCUAUGGAUGAGGGGACGGCAGAUGAGAGAGCACCCCUCAUACGAACCUAAUGGAACUUACCUGAUGCCUGAACUUAGUGAGAGAAUGUGUGAACUGCCCUGCCUUGGACAGGGACUCGGGAAACCCUGCAUCCUCAAGGCUCCUGGCCUGCCAAGAAGAGAGAGAAAGCCAGUGCUGGCAAGUGAGGAGAACUUCCUGGACAGAGAGAGGGUAAUGAGCAGGGUACCAUGGCUGGCCACUAUGCUUUAUAAAAAAAUCAUGUCUCUAAAAUUGUUUUUAAUGUGUCUAGGAAGCAUUUAAUAAACUUGUGUAGAAACUUUUUUUUUUUUUGCGGUUGGGCUCUGGGAGCUGUGGGAUUUUUGUGACCCCCUGUUGUAGAUGCAAUGUCAGCACCACUUGUAAAUGUGACUUGGCCUAACCUGAUUCAGUAUGCCUCACUCUCCAAGCUUUGUGUUCAAGAUAUGUGGAUUGUAUGGCUUUCCGUUGUUCUUCUCCAUUCACCUCCUUACGCAGAAGGAAGAAUGUGGUACCCAGGGUAAAAGGAUAACUUCAUACAAUGCACCAAGCAGAUGUGUCUGAUGUCCUUCCUUAAAACAUUACAUUUUGCAUUUCACUCUAACUU